AUGCAAGGCCAUGAAUCAAAACGUAGACGUUCUUCUAGGAAGUGUUUUUCCAAGGCUAAAAUUUCCUUUAAGUUUUGUAAAGGAAUUGGUUAUGUUGUCAAUCAAUUUGAUGAAAGACAUAAUCAUGAUAUGGUGGAGUUAUGCCAUAAGCGAUUCAUGAGGCUGAAUCGCAACAUUGACUUAUUGCAUCAGAAAUUUAUACUAGAUUGUGCAAGUGCAUACAUAGGCCAUAUAUUGUCUUUUAAGUUGCUGAAUGAGGUUCUUGGUGGGCUGGAUCAUGUUGGUUGCACGGUCGUAGAAAUUCAAAACUAUAGGCGCGACUUGAGAGCAGAUACUAGUGGGGCAGAUGCACAAAUGGUACUUAAUGAGAUGAACCGGAAGAAAGAGAAUUGUCCAGCAUUCACGUAUGAUUUUGAGGUGAACUCUAAGGAUAGGAUCACUCGUCUUUUCUGGUGUGAUCCCAUUGCUAAGAAGAAUUUCCAUCUCUACGGUGAUAUUGUAUCGUUUGAUACAACCUAUUCAACUAAUAGAAAAGACAACCAUGGGAGACCUGUAGCAUUUGGUGGAAGCUUAUUAUCUAAGGAAAAUGUUGAUUCCUUCUCAUGGUUGUUUGAAUGUUUUGUCAAAUGCAUGGGUUCUGCACCAAAAUUGAUCAUUACUGAUCAGGAUUUGGGAAUGAAGCACAUCAUGUUUAAGGUUUUGGAAAAGUUACCAAAGAAUCUACUUGGCAAUGAAGACCUGAAAAAGGAGUUAAACAAUUGUGUGUGGUCUGAGUUGAUAGAGCCUGAAGAAUUUGAUGAAGCACGGAAUAAAGUAAUGGAAAAAUAUGGGCUUAAGGACCAUGAGUGGUUUUCCUCGAUGUUUGCCUCACGAAAAUUUUGGGGAUUUAACAAUGAGUUCACUAAUAAAGACCACAUCAAUAUCUGA